UUUAUAGCCAGUGUAUAUUUUUAGAUAUUGUUAAUUAAAAGCAGUGGAAAGUUAUUCGAUGUACACAUACAUGAUAAAUUAUCUUAUCUAGUUCUGUUGCUAAAAUCAUUCGUUUUUCAGUUUUCGCCGUAACAAGAAGUUUUUGAAGUGAUGGAAGCGCUACGAUUUACGUCAAAAAUUAAAAAAUUAGAAUUGGUAAAUGUGCCAAUACCGAAAAUUACACAACCAAAUCAAGUGCUGAUAAAAGUUGCUUACUCUGGUAUUUGUGGAACAGAUCUUCAUAUUAUUUCGGGCGAAUUUCCGUGUAAUGAUGCAGAAACUUUCACUCUAGGACACGAAUUUUCAGGAACUGUUGUAGAAACAGGAGCUAGUGUAAUUUCUUUCAAAAAAGGGGACAAGGUUUCUGUAGAUCCUAAUAGUGGAUGUCUGUGCUGCGAUCACUGCCAUUCAGGAAACCCUCAUUAUUGCUCAAUAGGUGGAAUCAGUAAUACCAUUGGAAUCUUUAGGAAUGGAGGAUGGGCCAAUUAUUGUGUGGCUCCUGUAGAUCAAGUCCAUAAACUAAGUGAUUCCAUUACCCUGGAACAAGCUGCUUUAGCUGAACCACUAUCGUGCUUAGCUCACGGAUGGGACAUCAUAAGUCCAGUUACAGUGGGACAGAAAAUUCUAAUAACCGGUGCUGGAAUUAUUGGAAACUUGUGGGUCUGUAAUCUACACUUGCAAGGACAUAAAAACGUCACCGUUUCUGAGCCAAAUUCAGCUCGUCUAGACAUGCUUAAGAAAUUAAAUACUGGUUAUAACCUUAUUACUCCAGAUCAAUUGAAAAAGAAUCAACAAGCUGAUCCUAAUUACUUGUUCGAUCUCGUUAUUGAUUGUAGUGGAUAUGCACCAGCUGUGGAGCAUGCGAUAUCUUUACUGAGGAGAGGAGGAAAACUAUGUAUAUUUGGCGUGGCACCACCUCAUUCAGAAAUAAAAAUAAAACCUUUUGAGAUAUACAUGAAGGAAUUAAAAAUUUACGGGGUAUUGGUUAACCCCUUCAGCUUUCCAAAGUCGUUGGGUUUAUUGGAAGCCAUGGGCGACAGGUAUUUAAAUUAUGAAAAGAUUGGAAUUAAGACGUUUGCAUUGAAGGAUUACGAAGAAGCUAUAAAUUUAUUAAAGAAAGGUACCAUAGCAAAGGCUGUGUUUAAGCUUUAAAUAUUAUAAAUAAAUAUUUUUAAGUUUG